AUGCAAGCCCAAAUGCCUGACAGACCUCCUCCACCCAUUGAAAGGUUUGAUGGCACUUCUGACCCGGAGCACCAUCUCAGGAACUUCAUCGACUCCAUGGCUUACUACUCCAAGAGCGACCCGGUCAAAUGCAGAGCCUUCUCCCAAUCCAUAAAAGGAGAAGCCCUGAAAUGGUAUUACACUAUUCCCCCUAACUCGGUUGACAGCUUCCGCACUGUCAUCACCUUGUUUAAAAAGCAGUACACCAUUAACCGGAGAGACGAGAUAACCCCCACUGGACUCGUCAAUAUAAAACAAGGCAAAUACGAGACUUUGAGAGCGUUCGUACAAAUAUACAAUGAAGCAGCAAGACGAGCAAAAGGUGUUAACCAUGAAUUUAUAAUCGGGAAUCUCCCCAAUUGUCUAAAACCAGGAUACGUCUCGGAACACCUAUUUGUCAAACAACCCAAAACGAUGGAGGAGCUCCAAGAGAGGUUGACCGAAUACAUCAAGAUGGAAGAUCAGAGAAUCUCUCGCAGAAAACAACCAUCAGAAACCUCCACGAACGAAAUCACAAAAGAAGUAAAGCGCCCCCGUGAAAGAGAUCAACUGCAAAGAUUCCUCCGAAGGAACCUAUCGGUGCCGUUAGGUCCCCACUAUGACCAUUAUGCAAAACUCAACACAUCAAGGGAAAGGGUAUUUGAAAAAGCCCUACAAGCCAACCUCAUUUUCGUACACAAACGACAGAAACCCACGGACGCAGAUGACACUAAGGUCUGCCGAUACCACGAUAAUAGGGGGCACACUACCGAAGGAUGCCAAGGACUAAAAGAUGAACUGGAAAGGCUUAUUUGCGCAGGAUACCUCCGAGAAUUCGUACAAGAAAAAGCAAACCUAACAAGGCGCUCCCCCAGAAAGGAGCCCAUUCGAAGAAGUCCGGAGAAAAUUCGACCAACAGACCGUUCGAGAAGCCGUUCCCAAGGAAGAGCACAUGAUAGACCAGCCAGGGGUCGCAUCGAUACGAUCUCUGGAGGGUUUGCCGGAGGGGGAGCUUCAUCCUCAGCUCGAAAAAGACACCUGAGAAACUUGCAAAGUGUCCACAAUGUGAGUCACCCACCAACUGUCAAUGCCGGACAUCACGUUCACCAACGCGGAUUUCCAUGCCCCUGA